AUGUCGAUGAAUGUCGCGACCAAACUGCCACUGAGGAACAUCAAAGUAUCAGCGAAACCCUCACAAUAUCGGCUGGCAGCAAGUACACAGAGAAGGCAAUCGUUCUUCUCCAAGGCCUUUUGGAGCCGAUAUCAGAGCUCGGCUGAGCAAGCGGAUUGGAGUCCCGCGAUUGGCGGGCCGACUAGAGCAUCCAAGCUUGAGAUCCAGCAACAACAAGACGAGGAGCUGCGCAUAGCAAAAGAGCAGGCAAAGCUGGUGCACGAUGCCUCCAACGUCGGACAGCUGGAUGGACAGCCAUCGAAAACGGUGGUGGUAGACAUUGAUGGCAGCCCAAGGGUCUUCGAUACCGCCUUCCUCCGCGACAGCUGCUCGUGCCCGCAAUGCAUGGAUCCACAUAGCAAGCAGAAACUCUUCCAGACUUCGGACAUCCCGGAAGAUCUAGAGGGCAGCUGCAAGACGGUAGAGGACGCGGAGAAGGGAAUCUCGAUUGAGCUGGAGUGGAAGAGCGAUGUAAAAGGCUUUGGGCCGGACCACCGAACAAGACACUCCAUUGACUGGUUACGGCGAGCAAUGAACACCGAGGUGGAUUGGCGUGGCGGCGUCCGCCAUGACGACAGGGUACUCUGGGACAGGAAGAAGAUUGAACGAGACAACAAAUGGGUUGAGUACGACGAGUACAUGUCCCAAGACGGCGUCCUAUUUGACGCCCUUAGCCACCUCAACCAAUAUGGCCUGCUAUUUGUCAAAAACGUGCCCGACUCUGAGGAAUCCGUCGUCUCCCUCGCAAGCCGCAUCGGCAACCUAAAAGACACCUUCUACGGCCGCACAUGGGACGUCCGCUCCAAGAAACAAGCCGAAAACAUUGCCUACACACCCCAUUUCCUAGGCUUACACAUGGAUCUCCUCUACACUUCCAACCCGCCACACCUCCAAUUCCUACACUCCUUACGCGCCCGCUGUCCAGGCGGCGAAUCCUUCUUCAGCGACUCCUUCCACGCAGCCCACCAACUACACAAAUGGUCCACUUCGCACUUCCGCACCCUCUGUUCUUUUCCAGUCACUUACCAUUACCACCACCCCACACACCAUUACCACUACACUCGUCCCGUUGUGGAACUCUUCCCCUACCCCAAAUACAGCGAACCCACCAACCUAGCCAUCAAACGCGUCAACUGGUCUCCCCCCUUCCAAGGCCCCUUCGAAGCACGCAUCGGCAGCAACAACCAGACGUCGUUACGGUCGUUUAUUGCGGCCUCGCAUGCGUAUGAGAAGCUGCUGAGUAGUGAGGAGAAUUUGUACGAGUAUAGGUUGAAUGAGGGCGAGUGCGUGAUUUUUGAUAAUAGGAGGGUGUUGCAUGCAAGGAAAGCGUUUGACGCGACAAAGGGGGAGAGGUGGCUCAAGGGGGCCUAUGUGGAUGAUGAUGUGUUCUUUAGCAAGUUGAGAGUAUUACAGGAGAGAUUUCAUGGCAAGUGGACUGCUGAGGGUGUAGUGAGAGAUGCUGUGCAGUAG